CAGGAGGACAGUCUCUUCCUCUUUCCUUCUCUCCAGUCCCUGCCCAGGCAGGCGCUGGGAUUCCGUGGGUUGUUGCAAUACACUUACAGCCGAGGCAGGCAAGGAGACAAGCUGGUCUGCACAGAACUGAGUCCAGCUGGGACUGUACCUUGUGGUGACCUGGAUUCCUCUGGAGGGUCCCAGCAGCCCGCACACAGCCAUGCACUGCCCCGCUGUGUUCCUGCUCCUCCUCCUGGCCGGUGGGGCGGAGGCCUUUCGCAUCUGUGCCUUCAACGCCCAGCGGCUGACGCUUGCCAAGGUGGCCAGGGAACAUGUGAUGGACACCUUAGUUCGGAUCCUGGCUCGCUGUGACAUCAUGGUGCUGCAGGAGGUGGUGGACUCUUCUGGCAGUGCCAUCCCCUUGCUGCUUCGAGAACUCAAGCGAUUUGAUGGCUCCGGGCCCUAUGACUUCCUGAGCAGCCCCCCGCUGGGGCGCAGCACAUACAAAGAGCAGUACGUGUACAUCUACCGGUCCCACAAGACACGGGCCCUGGAUCACUACCUGUAUAAUGAUGAGGAUGACCUCUUUGCCCGGGAGCCUUUUGUAGCCCAGUUCACUUUGCCUAGCAAGGUCCUUCCCAGCCUGGUGCUGGUCCCGCUGCACACCACUCCGAAGGAUGUAGAGAAGGAGUUGAACGCCCUCUACGACGUAUUUCUGGAUGUCUCCCAGCGCUGGCAGAACAAGGAUGUGAUCCUGCUUGGGGACUUCAAUGCUGACUGCGCUUCGCUGAACAAAAAGCACCUGGGGGAGCUGGUGCUGCGGACUCAGGCAGGCUUCCACUGGGCGAUUGCUGAUGGAGAGGACACCACGGUGCGGGCCAGCACCCACUGCACCUAUGACCGCAUCGUGCUGCACGGGGAGCGCUGCCAGAGCCUGCUGCAUGCCGCGGCCACCUUUGACUUCCCCAGGAGGUUCCAGCUCACCGAGGAGGAAGCUCUCAACAUCAGCGACCACUACCCUGUGGAGGUGGAGCUGAGCCAGGCGGUGUGCAGGGUUCAGCCCCUUGGCCUGGCCGUUCUGUUGCUGCCAUCAUUGCUGCUGCCACUCCUGCCCCUUCAGCUGGACCUAGUGGCCUGAAACUGCCCAAUGCCUGCUGCCCACAGAUGUGAUGACUACACUGCCUUCAGGACUCAAACCCCGGCCUCCCUGUCCAUCCUGUGCUGGGGCCAAAGUGACUCCUGAGGGCCUCAACUGCAGCCCUGUCCCGUCAGACUGCAGCCCGGCCCAGCCCUCCUCCAUUGGACUGCAGCC